AUGAAAUAAACACUGAGUUUCUAAAAUACAAGAUCUUUUGAUGAAAGAAAAAAUGAAUCUGAUAAUUGUAAAUAACUCUAUCCUAACGAUGUUUUGGUAGUUGUUGAAUAAUUAAACAGAAGUAAACUCCCAAGAUAAAAUUUUAUAAAGUAAUCUAAAUUCUAUUAAUAGAUUCAAAAUGCCAAACACAAUGACAAUAAUGAAUGUUCUAUAAUACAUUAAAAGCAAAAUAAAACUAUCUUAAUACGAUUCAAUAAAUUUAUACUGCGGCAAAAUAUUGUUAAGAAUUGGUAUAUCAAAUUAUAAUUUAAAGAUUAAACUUUAAAAGAAUUAUAUCAUUAAUUUAAAGACUUAGAUGGAUUUCUUUACAUCAAUUACAUAGAAAUGAAUUCAUUCGGGAUAAAAUUUUGA